AUUUUAGAGAAAAAAACGUGUCAUUGUGGAUUGGUCACGUCCAAAUUUCACUCUCUUCAAGUUCAUACACACACACAUACUAAUCCAAUAAUAAUUCCCAAUUUUCUCCUAAUUUUUUCUCCCCAUCUCAACAAUCCAAUGCACCAUGUUCUUCCCCAGAUCCAAUUUUCCCCUAAAUUUCAUUCAAUCUCCCAAAUUCGUAACCCCAAUUCCAAAUACAGUCGUUGACUUCCAGGUAUAAUCAAUCCCUUUUCUAUCUUUAGCCUUUAUAUGCCAUUUCGGAUUUGGGUUUUCAAUUCUGCGUAUGGCACUCAACAAACCUUACAGCUAACUUCACAGCAUUGACUCGUUUUCUCCGUCUCCAUUGUUAAUUUUAAGAAAUGCCCCCCUGUUGUCAAACAUUGGAAUCCCAUUUUUUAGCUAAAGAAUAUUCUCUAUACGAUUCUGAUUCUUGUAUUCUUAACCGGAAGUGCGCAUUUGGGUUUUGUUCUUUGCUCUUGAUGAUCCAAAUUUGAAACCCAGAUGUUCUUUUUUGCUUUUUGUUGUCUUGUUUGUGCCUAUAUUAGUUUACCUUUUAUGCUCUUCAGUGAUUGGAAGCUACUUGAAGGUUUAUAUGGUAUUGGUUGUUGAAUGAAUUCCCUCAUUCAAGUUUUGGUGUCCUACUCUUAAAAGUUAUUGUUUGUCAUUAUUGAGAUUGUUUUUUCUUGGGGAUUGUGCCUUUUAGUUCAAUGAUUGGUCAAAAUCCUUUGUUGUUCUUCCAUCGUCAUUGUCUUUUACACCUAUUAUCAACUCCAGGACUUGUAUCGUUAGAGCUUGUAGUUUCCUAGUGAUAAUAUAUUUCUCCACAACUCGUGCAUUUACUAGGAAAAUCUGUUCCAUAUAGUGUUCCUUCGAGCUUAGAUCAUAGGCACCAAUGUCUAUCUUAUGUGGCGUGCCUAUCCUUGAGUGUGUAUGCUGUCUGGGUUGUGCUCGUUGGGUCUGGAAGCGGUGUCUCCACACAGCUGGUCAUGACAGUGAAAAUUGGGGAUUUGCUACUCCUGAUGAAUUCGAGCCUAUUCCCCGAAUUUGUCGAUAUAUCCUAUCUGUGUAUGAAGAUGAUAUUCGAAAACCUCUUUGGGAACCGGUUGGUGGGUAUGGAAUCAAUCCUGAUUGGUUACUCAUGAAGAAGACAUACAAAGAUACACGAGGACGAGCUCCUCCAUAUAUUUUAUAUCUUGAUCACGUUCAUGCCGAUAUUGUCCUUGCCAUCAGGGGACUUAAUAUGGCAAAGGAGAGUGAUUAUGCAGUUUUAUUGGACAACAGGCUGGGAAAGAAGAAAUUUGAUGGUGGAUAUGUUCACAAUGGGCUUCUGAAGGCAGCUGGUUGGGUUUUGGACACUGAGAACGAAACUUUAAAGGAUUUGGUGAAGAAGUAUCCAGAUUAUACCUUGACGUUUGCAGGGCAUUCUCUUGGCUCUGGAGUAGCAGCCAUGCUAACAUUACUAGUAGUACAAAAUCGCGAAAAAUUGGAAAAUAUUGAUCGGAAACGGAUAAGGUGUUUUGCUAUUGCUCCUGCCAGAUGCAUGUCCCUAAACUUGGCUGUUAGAUAUGCAGAUGUUAUCAACUCUGUUGUUCUUCAGGAUGACUUUUUACCCCGGACAGCCACACCAUUGGAAGACAUUUUUAAAUCACUCUUCUGUUUGCCGUGCCUUCUAUGCCUGAGAUGUGUUCGGGAUACAUGUGUAUCAGAAGAAAAGAUGCUCAAAGAUCCAAGGAGACUUUAUGCACCUGGUCGACUCUAUCACAUUGUAGAGCGAAAACCCUUCAGAUGCGGAAGGUUUCCACCAGUCGUGAAGACGGCUGUUCCAGUUGAUGGGAGGUUUGAACACAUAGUUCUUUCUUGUAAUGCAACUUCAGACCAUGCUAUCAUUUGGAUAGAGAAAGAAGCCAAAUGGGCCCUGGAAUUAAUGCGCAAGGAUGAUAAGAUCAUGGAGAUACCACCCCAACAGAAGAUGGAGAGGCAACAGACUUUAGCCAGAGAGCACAGUGAAGAGUACAAGGCUGCAUUGCAGCGGGCCGUGACAUUAGCCGUGCCACAUGCCUACGCAAUUUCCCCAUACGGAACCUUCAGCCAAACAGAUGAAGGGGAAGAAGAAAAGUCACCAGCAUCGAGUGGAGGGUCAUCGAGGAGGAGGAAAGAAACUUGGGAUGAAUUGAUUGAGCGUCUAUAUGACAAGGAUGAUUCAAGACACACAGUCCUGAAGAAAUCACUUAGUUGUAUUUAACAUUAUUCUUUCAUAUCAAUACUUAUUACAUGGAGUUUCCUCAGAUGAAUCUACGGUACGAUGUCAGAUUACCUUUGAGGAUGCUGAUUUCCUUGGCUUCAAUUGUUUGAAGAUGAUGGAAAAUAUGCAGUGUUCAUCCAAUUUUUUAGAAGUGUGAUGAAGUUCAGCUAUAUUUUUGAUGUGCUACUUGUAAGUUUCUUCAUUGUAGGAAGUGAAUAUUUAUAUUGGUAGUAUGUAAAGGUAGCUUGCCUUUUCUCUUCUGUUGGAUAGCACAUUAUAUACCAUUGUUCAAAUGUUGAAAAACUAUAUAGCAACAAUAGCUCUACGCAAUAGUGUGUGAUAAAA